GAUAAAACCCUCCUGCGCAGCUCGGCUCUUCGCUUCUUUGCCUUCGGCCGCUGAUCGAGAUGUCAAGGGGAUCUACAUGCCUGCAGUGGCUGCCUCCUCCCUUGGCAGGAGGAGACCUACCUGGCUAGGGAAAUACCACCUACCUGCAGACCACCUUGGGCAGAACAUGGACGACACCAGCUAGCUGCCCGCUUCCAAGUUGCAACCCGCUGUUGUUUGCGCCACGACCGUCGGUCGACUAGGUAGGUAGGUAGCCAUUGUCUUGCGCCUGCUAAGUAGUGCUCCGAGGGUCAUCAUUUGCUCUACCCUGCUUCAAACCUCCAAUUCUCAGGACAGCGUCGCGCUCGUCGGAUGCCCAAGACACACGGCGGAUGACAAGCAACACGGACCGAGCGAGGCAAAACAACAGGCGUCAAGGCAUCGCACCACCACAGGCCCAGGAAUCCAACGUCGCACGCCUUCCAUCCGCCGGCCGAACAAGGCACUCCGGGAAGUGCCCCCGUGCUGUACUGGUACUUCCGGACUGUGCCCCGUCUCAUCCCAUCCCAUCCGCAUCCACAUCCACAUCCAUAUCCACAUCCCAGCCAAUACCAGCCCAUCCCUCCUUCCCUCCCACCCCCAUCCAUAGCGACCCUCCUCCUCCCUCACCUCUUGAUCUCCUCCUGUGCCCCAGCCCAGCCCGGCCCAGCUCAAGCCCCCCCCCCGAAAUCCCCGAGGCGUCUCUCCACGCACGCCUGCCUUUUUCCAACGACCACCCCGUCGUGGCCGCCGUCACCCUGUUGCACUUACAUAUACUUGUGCUGCUGCCACAUACCAUUGCUGUCUUUGCCCUCGACUCCUCCACCAAGUACGUCGAUUUGCGACUCACCGUAUACCUCGAGCGACCGUUUCUUGUCAUUUCUCCCAUUCUUCUUCUACUUCUUGCAAAUUAUUCUUCGCCUUCGCCUUCCGUUCCUGUUCGAUCACCCCGUUGCCGUUUUGGCGUGCCUCUCGACGAUACGGACACACCGAAGCUGUCGCCACCUCCCAAGGCUCGCUCGAGUCAGACCUUACCACCGAUACCUGCACCCUCACGACUCAGCCGGCCGCCUCUGGCCGACAUCGCCGCUGAAAGGUUCAAUGACGAGUCCUGUGUCGUAAUUGUUCCCGCCUUCCCAGCUGUCCUGGCUUUGCAGCCCUGGUGCAUCUUCAGCUGCCUCGGCAGCCCACUAUACCAGCCUCGUCUAAGAUACAAACCCUGUAUCUGCUUCUUGGCCAACAAAACCUUGACCAUGGCGUUCCCGCCACAAUACCGGGAGCCUGCUCCCACGCUCCCUAGCAUUAUUACCCCCGGGCCUGGACGCUAUCGAGGACAUCACGACAUGCCUUUCGGACGAAGUCCCGCCAUGUCCAUACCAGGUCUCGAUAUGCGAGACGAUGUGCCGCCCCCUCUGCCUCCGCCUCGAGUGCUACCCUUUGGCGAUAGCCCUCACCCGUCGGAACACUUGAGAAGAGACAGCCGAGACUACAACGCUUCUUCGUCUUUUGCUAGCGGUUACGGUAGCAUGGCUUCUUCCCAGGCGGAUGAUCGUCCGAACUUCAAGAGACGGGGCACCGGCAGCACAACCAAUGGCGACGAGGGCUACGCAAGUUAUGCUUCUACCGACAGAUCUCGUGAUUCGGCGCCGACAGAGUUUGGACUGCAUCACAGCAAGUUUCACUUCCAGUCUCCCGCUGAUAUCCACACGGACGACGUUUUGAAGAGACUGGAUCCGAUCCGCAAUGCCGAAAAGUCGCCACCGCGCUCACUCUUGACGUCCUCCGUCAGCGACAUGUCCCGAAGACAUCCGGAUGCACGGGCGAGACCGACUCUGAAUAUGCCCGUUCAGUUGCCUAUCCAUAGCCGCCAGGCGAUGCUCGACUCGCCCAUUAGUCGCUUCUCAGACAGCCCGCUAUACUCGGCCGCAUCCCCUCGACCUCUGCCGUUCCACCACAGCCCCGUGGACCAGCGCCCACAUCCCGACACGUCAGACGUGGACCAGUCGCCACGGGCACGGACGUGGAGGAACAACAGCGAUGACGCCAACUCCACUCAAGGGAGCUACGAGUUCACUGGGGCAGAAGACAUGGAAAUGGAUGACGCUGCUUCUAUCAAGCGUUUGCAUCUCGACGACUCGUACGCUGCUGUCGGUCAGAAGCGUCGGGCUGCCAGCCCGCCCCCCGAAGAGAUGCUGCUCCACGGCGUCAAUAGCCAGAGUGACGUCGUCCGUCGAAGAGAUAUUGGCUCGAGAGGCUCUCCCACACCUAGGCUGGCCGUGGUGCCCCAAGGGUCCUCUGUUUCGUCCAUGUCCCCGGCCGCGGUGUCGCGCUCCAAUUCUUACAUCUCAUCGGCUUCGAUGCCACCCUUGUCCGGCAACUCAUACGGCCGUCACUCGCCUGGCGGUGCAUCACCAGGGGGUCUCUCACCAACAUCGUGCAGUUCCCCUUACACGACACCCGCUUCCUUGACGCAAAGCCCCCGAACAUCCAUCUCGGGUCGGGGCGGCGCGCACGCUCGCACAGCCUCGGGUGCGAGUCCGAGGAAGUUAACGGAGAUCCAGAAGCCGAGCGGCACGAAGCUACAGGGGUUUUACAUGUGCGAGUGCUGCCCAAAGAAGCCCAAAAAGUUUGAGACGGCAGACGAGCUCGCUGCUCAUGAGGCUGAGAAACAGUACGAGUGCUCCUUCUGCGGCAACCGAUUCAAAAACAAGAACGAAGCAGAGCGUCACCAGAACUCUCUGCACGUCCGCCGGCAUUCUUGGUCCUGCUCCGCGCUCUCUGGAUACGACCGUGCUUUUCAUGAUUCAACCAGCCGCCCCGGGGAGGUCGACACCUGUGGCUACUGUGGCGUUGAGUUUCCCAGAACUGGCUGUGCCAUGGGGAGUGGCAUUGGAGGCCACCCACCCAGGCACGCCACAGAACAAGAUUGGGAAGAGCGAAUCCGGCAUUUGCAAGACGUGCACAAGUUCAGGGAAUGCAACUCGGCCAAGAAAUUUUACAGGGCGGAUCAUUUCCGCCAGCAUCUCAAGCAUAGCCAUGCCGGGACCAGCGGCAAGUGGACCAACAUGCUGGAGAAUGCUUGCAUGGUGGAGGAAGAUCCCUCGCCUCGGUGAGCAACAGGGCACAGAGCACUCUUAAGGAUUCGAAUUCGCAUCGCAUCGUCGCCUCGUGAAGGAUGGCGCCUCGCACAGCAUGUCUUUUCCACUUCAAGGACACGAAUUUACGACAACUGAUUUAAGGCGUAACGGCAACAUGGGAAGGCGCUGAAAGAAUAUGCGCCUUGGGUUUGGCAACACAUACCCCCUCAUAUGAGGCAAACAUAGCGGAUGGAGGCAUCGAAUUGAUUUUUUUGACUUGUUUCCUGGCUUGACCAGUGUGGGCGCGGUCUGCAUGGCCAGGAUGAGCGUUGGACGUCGGGUUGGAUUUAGUCGUGGCGGGAUAGGGACUUGGCGGAUAGGGAUGGGUCUACAUGGCGAGGCGAACCUGCGGUUCGGUACUCCGGUGUUGGCGGAUGGCCCGCAGCCGAAGCAGGCUAAGGGAGUCGGCUCACAGGAGAUUCGGGCUUGGUGCAAAGUCCGAGGCGGUUGGCAUUUCGAACGACCCGACCUGUCAUGCCCCUCUCAACAGGGCGGGAUUCAGCGGGGCAAUGCUGCGGUUGUCAGAAGAGUUCACUUACGCGCCCGACGUGUGCAACAAUGGUAUCUUCUCGCUGAUCGCUGUCAAGUUUUGUGAGGCAGAACAUGCCUUGUUGACAAGUGUUGUGCGCACAAUGGUUCAACAUUGGGCCGAUCUGACGCGUCCCGCCCCUCCAUAACCACAGACACCGCGAGGCACCAGCACAUUGUGCCAUGGGCAGCCUCCAUGGUCUGCCAAGUCAUGUUUCGACCACACUCCAGCGCGCCCGAGUCAACAGUGGCGGCGCACAGGGCGUUGGGAACACUGCGUGGCGUCGGCAGCGCUCUUCGUUUAGUAGCUCAGGUUGUUUCCACCGCGGCACCAAGUCACCGACUUCCUCGGUGGCUGUGCGGCUGCAUUGGGCUGAAGCAAGCGACCCCUGCAUGGUCUGCAAAGUGCGCAAUGUACGGAGUACGAAUACAUGUACUACGGAGUACGUACAUACUAUGUCAAGGAAAUUCACUUGGUGGCGGGAAAAUAGGCGCCAUGGCACAAAGCGACUAGACAGCAACUCAAACUUGGAAAGACCACUGGUGACAAUGGUCCGUGACGAUGACUGCGCC